AGUUCCUAUUUCCCCUUGCCCUCUUCUCAUCUUUCUCUCGCCCAUCCUCCCUGCUCAGUCAACGCCGCCUUCUUUUUCAAGUCCUCAACUAUUCAAGAAUGGGUCGGGAGGCUCUUCUCCUUCCUCCCGACCCCUGUUCUGUGUAAGAUCAAGUAGGAGAAUAAGCGUCUCUGAACGCCUUGACUUCUCUUUGAUGCCGGUGAUGGGGGAAAAAGGAGUCAACUCGACUGAACUCUGGAUUUUCCGCAGAUUCGGUAUCGCAGGACCCUGGCGUUCGCGAUGGAGAAGGUGGAGUCGCCCGCUUGGUUAUCUCGCCUGCUCCUCAGGUCUCGUCUGCUUCCUUAUCGGGUCUUUCCUGGUUUGCAGCAUCGUUGCGAUCGUUUUCUUCCGGCUUUGGGUAUCUUCCUUUUUGAUGGUGGAUAGGGUUUCUUCUGGCUGCCUUCCGGACGGGGAGGGAUCGUGGUCGAUUGGGAUUUUCUACGGGAAGAGCCCCUUCUCGCUGGCUCCCAUCGAAUUGUCAAACAAGAGUAACGAGAAAAGCUCGGCCUGGCCAGUUGCGAAUCCUGUGCUCACGUGUGCUUCUGUCUCCAAUGCUGGUUAUCCCAGCAAUUUCGUUGCGGAUCCUUUUCUUUUCAUUCAGGACAAUACAUUUUACCUUUUCUUUGAGACAAAAUCUGUCGCCACAAUGCAAGGUGAUAUUGGGGUUGCAAGAAGCUUAGAUCAAGGUGCUACAUGGGAAUUUCUCGGCAUUGCUCUAGAUGAAGCAUGGCAUCUCUCGUAUCCAUAUGUUUUCAACUACCGUAACAAUACCUAUAUGAUGCCAGAGGGCAGCAAAAAGGGGGACCUUCGACUUUAUCGGGCUACUAAAUUUCCACUUGAAUGGACAUUUGAGAAGGUUCUUGUGAGUAAACCACUUGUAGAUACGUCGUUGGUUCACUAUAAUGGAUAUUACUGGCUCUUUACUUCAGAUUUUAGCAGGCUGAGUAUUGAGAAGAACGCAGAACUUGAAAUAUGGUUCAGUAGCUCACCACUUGGUCCAUGGAAAGAACACCGAAAAAACCCUAUAUACAGAGCCAACAAAAGCUUGGGUGCACGAAAUGGGGGUCGUCUUUUUAUUUAUGAAGGUUCUCUCUAUCGUCCUGGUCAGGAUUGUAGCGGAACUUAUGGUCGAAGGCUUCAAGUAUAUAAGGUGGAAAAGCUAACAAAAGACGAAUAUAAGGAGGUGCCAGUUUCACUUGCCCUUGGAGAAGCAAAGAAGGGCCGAAACUCUUGGAAUGGUGUUAGACACCAUCACCUAGACCCGCAACUUCUUCCAUCGGGCCACUGGGUUGCUGUUAUGGAUGGGGAUCGUGUUCCUUCUGGUGAUUCAACAAGGACUUUACUUCUUGGUUGGACAUUUUUUCUUCUGCUUUUCCUUAUUGUUAUGUUCAUAGGACUGCUGGUUGGUGUCAUGGAUUGUAUUCAUCAUCAAGGAAAUUAUCUGAUUGUUAGUCGACGAAAUGAGCCAUUUUCAUUUUGGACGAAUACCCACUCAAAACUUCGGAGGUAUGCUGCAGACAUAAGCAGAUGUAUUCUUGCAUUUAAAGGCAGAGUAAAGCUUAAAACAUGUCAUGGAAAGCUCACUAUCAUCUUCCUUUCUAUUAUCGUUGUGGUUCUAGUCUGCAUGACUGUUCAAUAUUUUUAUGGAGGGAACGGUGCUGAAGAGGGCUACAUGUAUAAGGGCCAAUAUUCUCAGUUUACAAUGCUUACGAUGACUUAUGAUGCCCGGCUCUGGAAUCUAAAGCAAUAUGUGAAACAUUACUCUAGAUGCGCAUCUGUUAGAGAGAUUGUAGUUGUUUGGAACAAGGGUAAACCUCCAAUUGUGGAUGAAUUUGAUUCUGCUGUGCCCGUCCGAAUUCGUGUUGAGCAGAAUAAUUCUCUAAACAAUCGGUUCAAAGAUGACCCGCUUAUACAAACUAGGGCUGUUCUUGAACUGGACGAUGAUAUAUUGAUGACGUGCAAUGACAUAGAGAAAGGAUUUAGAGCUUGGAGAGAACACCCUGAGAGAAUUGUGGGAUUCUAUCCACGGCUGCUUGAUGGAAGUCCUUUAAAAUAUAGGGAUGAGACGUAUGCUAGGAAGAAAAAUGGUUACAAUGUCAUAUUAACUGGUGCUGCUUUCAUGGAUACCGAGCUUGCUUUUAAAAGAUAUUGGAGCGAGCAGGCAACAGAAGGAAGAGCUCUUGUUAACAGGUUAUUUAACUGUGAGGAUAUACUGAUGAAUUUCUUGUAUGCAAAUACAAGCUCUGUGAGGACCGUCGAGUAUAUUCGUCCUUCAUGGGCUAUUGACACUUCGAAAUUUUCAGCUUCUGCCAUUAGCAGAAACACGCAGCAGCAUUACAACAUUAGGUCAGAAUGCUUGUCGAGAUUCUCCUCCAUAUAUGGGUCUCUUCCUAAAAUGGCAUGGAACUUUGGAAGUAGAGUUGAUGGUUGGGAUGUAUAAGAUUGUGGUCAGAUUAGAAGUUCAUAGAUAGAUUCUCUUCCUAUAAGAGUGCUAGAGUUGCCAAGCUUAUCAAGAUGCUUUGGGAGGCUUGUUGUGGAUUUCCUUUACCAGUGUUGUAGCUUAUUUGAGCAGCUGGGAUCUAACUUGAUAGAAGUCUGCAAUAAUUUUUUUUCCUUUUUCUUUUUGUGUUGUAAUUUAUGAUGAUAUUUGGCACCUAGAAAGGGAAAUUCUGCUAGUAAUUUUAUUUAUACUUUGUAAGAUGAGGGUCAUGUGUUGUGUUAUUAAACUUUUAGUGUGGAUUUGAGAUUGGCUCUUUAGUCUUGUCCUUAUUCUUAUAUAUUUUAGUUGUGUA